AUGGCUAUACUGACUUUAUGGUAUUUUCAAGCAUACCUCUCGGAUUUAUCCUCUAAUCCAUCCUCACCUGCCUUUACCGUCUGCAAAAGAGUCAUAAACAAAUGCCAAUCAAUAGUAUUUGAAGGGACUCAAAGCGAUGAUCAAAAAUCCAUUACUGAUCCUGGAAUAUCCUCUAAAAAAGUUAAGGAAAACGUUCUUCCGGCUCUUGUUGGAAUUGGUGCCAUGGUUGCUGGUAUAUUCGCACCAUCUUUAAUGAAAAGUGCUGGCCAAAUUGCUAUAGCACAAGGUAGAAGAGCAAGAGGUUUUGAAAUCAAUCUAGAAAAUCUUCCACCAUCUGAUGAUAAUGAUGAGUUACAAAAGCACGAAAUUGGUUCAACAUAUUUAUCAACUGAUGAUGACUCAAAUACAGAUGAACAAUUUAAUCAAAAAUCAGUAAAAUUUUCAAAAAAAAAUCUUUUAAGGUCUUCAUCUUCAUCUUUUCCUCAUCGUAACGGAGUAAAUCUAAAGCCUUUAACAUCUCCAUCACUUGAUGAUUUGCAUAAAGGAAGUUUGAUGAGAAGAAAUAACAAGUUUAGACCGCAAUCUGUAGAUCUUACUACAAACUUUAAAAAAAAAUUCUUUUUUAACGAGGUUGUUGACAAUGACGAUGAAAUAUUCACAGUUUAUCGUACCUCGACAGAAUUCUCUGAUGACGCCUUGCUUGAUGAAAUAGAAGAAUAUGGCCCAGAAAGACAAAGGCGUCUUCUCAAAGGAAAUUACUUCAAUUCAGAAUUGCAGUUCUUAUUAGCUUUGCAAGAUAUUUCUUCAAGAUUAAUUAUUGUUCCAAAAAAAGCAAGGCAAAGUGCUUUAGAAGCAGAAUUAACCAUAUUAAAUCACAGUUUACCAGCAGAAAUUUGUAUACCAUUAUGGUGUCCCGCUUCCUCCGAAAAACCAUAUCAUCACCGAGUACUUAGGAUAUCUCCAUCUGAUGCAGUAGUUUUAAAUUCAGCAGAACGGGUACCUUACUUGUUAAUGGUAGAAGUUCUUGAGGGUGAAAUGAAUAUUGAUAUGGCUAAAUUACAAAGGCAAAAAUCCUUGCAUCGUCUUUUUCACGAAGAAAAGUCAAAACGUCUAUCAAUCGAGCUUCCCCCCGCGGCUACUGAUCCAAAGCAAACUCAAGAUGAUAACACUGAAAUUGGUACUGAAAUUCCCUCUGAAAGUAUUAAGAAUCUUCAAAAUGGCGACGAUAAUGAAAACCAAACUACAUCAUCAAAGUCUUCUAAAAGAACCGCGUCGAUUGAUAAAUUAAUUAUGUCAGCACCUAAUUUAAAUACCAUUGUUGAAUCUGAUUCUAAUGAUGAUCCAAUUUCAAUUCCCUCUGAAACAUCGUUAACUAUUUCAUAUACGCCUACUUCUCCAACACUUCCUGAAUCGAAUAGUGAAUACUUAAAAGAAGUCAUAAAUCGUAGACAGUCAAAUUCAGCUGAUGAAUUUGCAGAAAAAAUGCAAGAUGAAAAACGCGUUUUGAGUGCUGUAAACAGAGAUGAUCCAAGUGCCGCUGUAUUUCGAGAAGAUUGGAAUACUAAGAGAGAACGUAUUCGUAAGGCAUCUCCUUUUGGUAAUCAUCCUAACUGGCGUCUUUUUUCUGUUAUUGUUAAAACAGGAGCAGAUUUGAGACAAGAACAAUUAGCAUGUCAGUUAAUCAAGGAAAUGGAAAGAAUAUGGCAAAAAGACCAUGUUAAUGUGUGGGUUAAAUAUUAUCGAGUUUUAGUUACUUCUGAUCAUUCUGGUUUAAUUGAAACAAUACAAAAUUCUAUUUCGAUCCAUUCAAUUAAAAAAGAUGCUUAUGCUAAAAGAUUAAACGAAAAAGGAUUUGUAUUCACACUAUUUGAUUAUUUCGUCAAGACAUAUGGAGAUGUGACCUCUGAAGCUUUUUUGCGUGCUCAAGAUAAUUUUAUGAGAAGUUUGGCCGCAUAUUCUUUAGUGAGUUAUAUUUUACAAGUAAAAGAUCGCCAUAAUGGUAAUAUUCUUGUGGAUACUGAAGGUCAUUUAAUAUACAUUGAUUUUGGAUUUAUGCUUUCAAAUUCACCUGGUUCUGUUGGAUUUGAAUUGGCACCAUUUAAGUUGUCUCAGGAAUAUUUAGAUAUUUUGGGUGGUUUAAACAGUGAAAAGUUUUUAGAAUUUAAGUCAUUAUUAAAACAAGCAUUUAAUGUGUUAAGAAAGCAUGCUGAUAACAUUGUCUCGUUGGUUGAAAUGACGUCUAAAGAUUCGAAACUUCCAUGUUUUCUCUCCGGAGAAGCAACUUCUUCUCAUCUUAAAGAUCGAUUUCAAUUAACACUUACUCAACCGCAAUUUGACGAUUUUGUUGAAAAGUUGAUUAUGUCAAGUUGUUGUAAUGCGGAAACAGCAGCAGCAAUGGAUUAUGAUUUAAAAUCCAAGGAUGUUUCGAUACUUCCUCCAAAACAAUUGCGGCCAGAUUUUUGA